AUGUCUUAUCAAAAACAAUCAAGCAAGGAUGAAGUUGGAUAUCCAGGUCAAGAGUUUGAAGGAAACUACGGCUAUUGCGGAUGUGAACCAAAAUUUUUACAGUGUGGGAAUAACCCGCUUGGAUUUCUCGCUGUGUUUUCCUUAUUUCUGAUAGCUCAAGGUAUGUUGCUAAAUGGAAUUUUCAAUGUAAUCAUAACUACCCUGGAGCAAAGAUUCGGAUUCACAAGUUCAGAAACAGGAUUAAUCGCUGUUUCUUACGACAUUGGGUACUGGAUAUUUGUCUUGUUUGUGACAUAUUAUGCAAACAGAGGCCAUCGGCCGAAGAUGUUGGCAAUAGGAUCGAUUUUUCUUGGUACGGGAGCUUUGUUGUUUGCCGUUCCUCAUUUUACCACAAGUCUUUACGAAUAUGGUGACAGUACCACAGCUCUGUGUUACCCAAACAAAACAAUAAGUUGUUCAGAACAAAGCGAAAACUUACAUGGAUAUUUGUAUCUUUUUAUAUUUUCAAUGUUGCUUCAAGGAAUGGGAUGUGUUCCAUUAUAUACUGUGUCCUAUGCAGUUUUAGAAGACAGUUUGCCAAAAGCAAAAUCUCCUCUAUACUUGAGCUUUGCAAACGCCAUGUCACUCUUAGGUCCUGUAUUUGGAUACAUACUUGGUGGAUAUCUCCUUACAGUAUAUGUGGAUUUCAAUGAACCAGACGCUGACAAGGGCGAUUUAACGUUAUACGAUCCUCGCUGGGUCGGUGCAUGGUGGGUCGGACAUUUGGUAUCUGCUGGAAUGUGCUACAUACUGGUGAUGAUACCGAUGUUUGGAUUUCCGAGACAGUUUCCAGGUAGUGCAAAAACUCGAGCUGAGCGUGAUUCUGAGGUUCAUGUGAAUGCAGGAGCAGAAAUAACUGAAAAGGAGGGUUUUGGGAAAUCAAUCAAAGACAUGCCUGUAGCAAUUAUGACCCUGCUUAAAAACCCAACAUACAUUCUGACUGUUUCUGCUGGCGCAUCAGAAGCUUUCAUAAUCAGUGGUUUUACAGCAUUCUUGCCAAAAGUCAUUGAAAAUCAGUAUAAUACAACUCCUUCAGCAGCUGCUUUAUAUGCAGGUGCCAUCUCUCUUCCUGGUGGUGUUCUAGGUCACUUAAUUGCCGGAGGUCUUGUCAGCAAAUUUAACAUGCGAACGAAACAACUUUUAAAACUCAACAUGGCGUGUAUUAUAGGUGUAAUUAUACUGUCGCCGAUCGGAUUGUAUCAUUGCAAUGAUCCAAAGGUUGCAGGAGUGACAGUAUCAUACGAAUAUCCGUUUCAAAGACCUGACAACACCAAUCUUGAUGCCGCAUGUAACAAUAAUUGUGGGGAAUGCGAAGAGGAAUAUUUCAUACCUGUAUGCCAGGGAAAUUUCAGCUACUUUUCUGCUUGCCAUGCAGGGUGCAGCAUAUACUAUCCAGAAUAUGUUGCGUUUGGAAAUUGUUCUUGUGUUUUGGAAUCCACGAAUGGUGAGAUAUCAACUGCUACGCUCAGUUUGUGCGAGAAUCCAUGUGACGCAAUUAUUCCUUACAUGGCCGUCUUCUUCGUCAUCACUUUGCUGAAUUUUAUAAUAAGUACUCCAUGUCAACUUGUAAUACUAAGGUGCGUUCCCGAUUCUCAACGUUCUUUUGCUGUUGGGCUGCAAGUUUUUCUUCUUAGGACAUUCGGAAGCAUACCAGGGCCUCUAGUCUUUGGAGUCAUACUCGACAGUACUUGUCUAUUGUGGCAAGAAAAAAGCUGUCCGAAAGAAUUGGGAUCAUGCUAUAUUUACGACAGCAAUCAGCUAGCAAUCAAUCUCAUGAGCCUUUCCAUGGCCUUCAAGGCUCUAUCGACUCUUCUCUUCUAUCUUGCUAUGAGAUUUUACAGAACAUCUGGGACUGAGAAAAUUGUUGAAGUUCCCGAUUUGAGCUUGCAAAAUCAGAAAGAGAAUUUAGCUUUUCACGACAAGGAAUUUACAGAAGCAUCUAUAAACGGCGCACAAGAUGAAUAUCAUCAAAUAACGCAACUAUAGUAGUAUAUAUAUAUAUAAAUUGUUUGCAUUUGUUUCUAAUUGUUCAUCUCUAUUCACCUUCCAGUAUGAAAUAUUUUCACAAAACUUCAAAUUGUUUGUAAUAGUUGAAAUGAAGUUUUUUGAUUCGACAGUAAAAUGUCUAUCACCUAUAUAUAUGCUACACGUGGAACCUCAGCAUAUUUUAUGAGCAAUCAUCAAGCAUGCAAGACAAAUCCUAGAAAUAAGGCAAAUUUAUAGACGCCUGCAACGUUUGGUCAUAAUUACAGUUUUCCGCUCUCUAAAAAGCAAUUAUUUUCAAAUCUAAUGCAAUCUCAUUGACAUAGCCAAGAUAUUUGACUUCAUAGUAUACCACCCCUGUCUGACCGUUGAUAUAAACAACCCCCAA